CUGUCUUGGCAAGGCUCAUAUGCUUUGCUGGCUGUUGAUGACACACAGCACAUCCCAUAGCAGCACAGAUUUGGGCCUGGGAGCUGGUCAUGCCGCUGGACACACUUCCUGGUUGGCUGAAUGCUGUGGCCUGUGGCCUUCUGUUUCUCCUCCAAGUGCAUGGUGAAGACUCAGCCAGCCCCAUCAGGACCACCCAUAUAGGACAGGUUCAGGGCCGUCUUAUCUACUUAAAUGACACCAAAGUGGGUGUCCACACCUUCCUGGGAAUUCCCUUUGCCAAGCCACCUCUAGGACAGCUGAGGUUUGCACCCCCUGAGUCGCCUGAGCCGUGGAGUGGCGUGAGGGAUGCGACUGCCUACCCAGCCAGGUGUCUACAAAAUUCUGAGACAGUGAAUGCGGAGAGUCUGGAGAUGAUGAAGCUGACCCUGCCUCCCAGCUCUACAUCUGAGGACUGCCUGUACCUCAACAUCUACGUACCAGCUCAUGCCCACGAGGGCUCUAGUCUGCCUGUGAUGGUGUGGAUCCAUGGUGGUGCACUGGUUAUGGGCAUGGCUUCCAUUCAUGACGGAUCUGUGCUGGCAGCCAUGGAGGAUGUGGUGGUGGUCACUAUCCAGUACCGCCUGGGUAUCCUGGGCUUCUUCAGCACUGGAGACCAGCACGCCAGAGGCAACUGGGGCUACCUGGACCAAGUGGCUGCCCUACAUUGGGUCCAGCAGAACAUCGCCCGCUUUGGAGGCGACCCUGACAGUGUCACUAUUUUUGGCGAGUCUGCAGGUGGCACAAGUGUGUCUUCACAUGUUGUGUCUCCCAUGUCCCAAGGACUCUUCCACAGAGCCAUCAUGGAGAGUGGGGUGGCCCUGCUGCCUGACCUUAUCUCCAACACCUCUGAGGUGAUCUACACAACAGUAGCCAACUUAUCUGGUUGUGAGGCUGUGGAGUCAGAGACCUUGGUGCGCUGCCUGAGAAGCAAGAGCGAAGAGGAGAUUCUGGCUAUUAACAAGGUCUUCAAGAUGAUCCCUGCUGUGGUAGAUGGGAAAUUCCUACCCAAGCACCCCCUAGAGUUGUUGGCUUCUGUGGACUUUCAUCCUGUCCCCAGCAUCAUCGGUGUUAACAAUGAUGAGUAUGGUUGGCUUCUGCCCAUGAUUGUAGGCACUGCUGAGACAAUAAAGGAAAUAACCAGAGAGAACCUGCAAGCUGUUCUUAAGAAGACAGCAGCACAAAUGAUGCUGCCUCCUGAAUGUAGUGACCUGCUAAUAGAAGAGUACAUGGGGGACACUGAGGACCCCCAGACCCUCCAAAUACAGUUCAAAGAAAUGAUGGGGGACUUCAUGUUCGUUAUCCCUGCACUCCAAGUGGCGAAUUUUCAGAGCUCCCACGCUCCUGUCUACUUUUAUGAGUUCUGCCACAAGGCCAACUUCCUGAAAGAUACCAGGCCAUCCCAUGUGAGAGCUGACCAUGGCGAUGAGGUUUUCUUUGUCUUUGGGUCCUCCUUCUGGGGCAUAAAACUUGACCUCACUGAGGAGGAGGAGCUGCUGAGCAGGAGGAUGAUGAAGUACUGGGCCAACUUUGCACGACAUGGGAAUCCCAACAGCGAGGGUCUACCCUACUGGCCCAUGUUGCACCAUGAGGAGCAGUACCUGCAGCUGGACACCCAGCCUGCUGUGGGCCGAGCCCUGAAGGCCAGAAGGCUGCAGUUCUGGACCAAGACUCUGCCCCAGAAGAUCCAGGAAUUAAAGUGUUCUCAGGAAAAUCGCCAAGAGUUGUAGUGCCCUGUGAGAAAAAUUAUGUGUAGGGUUGAGUAUAUGUGGGGUCAGCCUAAUAUUCUUUUUUUUUUUUUCAGCCUAACAUUCUUAAAGCUAUUGAGGACCAUGAUUAGAGUCUAACAGUCACUUAAGCACCCCUAACCUCUACAGUUAUCCAUUUGACCAACAUGUAUAACAAACCUUUGGUGUGUUACUCAUUACUCAACAUGUUGGGACACCUUUUCUGAGAACCACACAGUAAAUGAUCCCAUGACUGUAGAGAUGUGUGAUCCCCUAAGUGUCCCAGUUUUUUCACAUCCCACUGGGACAAGACUCCUUCCUUCUCCUCAUCUUUCAUCCUCUUUCCUCUUCUUCAAGUCCCAGACCCUCUUCAAAUAUAACAGAAGCUUUUGAAAGAUUGACUACAUGGGGGUGGGCUAUGUGAAAAGCCUAUGUUUUCUCUCAGCAAGUCUCAUGUCUUUCUUCUUUGCAAGUAGCAAUAAAGAAACUUAAUGACUCAAAGUCCUGUUGUCUUCACAUGUCCAAUCUGUGGUUCUAAAAGUUCACAAAGUGCAAGCUGAGCUCUGUCGUAGGUAUCUGUGGUCCCUGCUGUUCAGAGACUGAAACAAGAGAACUACAUGAACCCAACAGUUUCAGGUCAGCCUAAGCAACAUAGUAAGACCAACAUCUCUAAAAAAAA